AGGAGAAUAAGAUAAAUUGAAAGUGGUUGCGGAGGAGAUUUCGUUGGCAUUCUUCCACAGAGAAAAAUCUCUCCAUAAUUGAGAGGCCGAUUGAUCCUGAAGUCGUAGGUUCCCAAUCCAAGUCCACGCCUCCUGUUAGAUUCCUCUCACUGUUCGCCGGAUGCGAUUUUUUGAUUCGCCAAGCGGAGCAACCCUAGCUCGAACUCUGUAAUGGUUUGCAGGGAAGGUGUUUGACUAAAUGCCACAGCGAGUUCGGUUUCUUCUUCAAGCAUGCCUAGCUUGUUCGCCGUCCUCCUCUUCUUCUUCGGGCUCUUGGGCUUAGCCUCCGCUGAAGGUUGCAACCAAACCUGUGGCAGCUACACAGCCCCCUACCCUUUCGGCUUCUCUGACGGAUGCUCGAUUCGCUUGAACUGCUCUGAUUCCGCGGCUUCCCCCUUCCUCAUCGGAGAAUUCGCCGGUCGCAACCUUACCCAGGAUGCUAUCUGGGUCGACGUACCGCGUUCCUGCAGCCGCCCCGUGUCUGCCGCCAGGAGCCUGAUCGGCCCAAACUUCGCCUUGACCAACCGGACCGCUCUCCUGCUUCGCAACUGCACGCGGUGGGACUCGGGGGGAAGCUGCCGCGCCGAGUCCGUGCUCAUCGACGAUUCAUGCGGCAGGUACGAAAACACCACCUGCUUCCUCAACGCCACCCACGACAUCAUGAAGGAUGUCAACGCCUCCAGCUGCGGCGUGUUCUUCGUCUCCGGGGUCACAUACGGAUCGCCGGUGAUGUCGGUCGAGUUCAACACUGCGGAGCUGGCGUGGUGGCUGCCGGGCCCUUGCCUCUGCUCAUCGGACGCGAGUAGCGAGUCGGUACGGGUUCAGGGGCCCAGCUCGUCGGCCUGCCGGUGCAGGUGCCGUGAGGGAUUUCAAGGGGACGGGUUUGUCGAAGGCAAAGGUUGUCAACGAGUGUCCAAUUCCAAUCCAAAGUGCAAUCCAACAAAGUUUGUGACAGGGGACUGUGGUGGAUCUACCAGCAAAUAUCGCACUCUAAUCGGUGGAAUUGCAGGAGCUUCCACGACGGCGGCUCUUGUCCUCGUCUGCUGCUGGCUCCGGCGGCGCACCUCCCUGACACGGAAGCGCGAGAGCAUGCGCCGCUUCUUCUCGGAGGCUUCCCGCACCGUCCCGCUUUACUCCUACAAGGACAUAGAGAAGGCCACCGACGGCUUCUCCCCUGACCGCAUCCUCGGCACCGGCGCCUACGGCACCGUUUACUCCGGCUAUCUCGGCAGCACUGGACGCCAGGUCGCCGUCAAGCGCAUCAAGAACCGAGACGGCGACACCGUUGAGCAGGUCAUGAACGAGAUCAAGCUACUGUCAUCGGUGAGCCACCCCAACCUGGUUAUCCUCCUCGGCUGCUGCGUGGAGCAGAGUCACGAGGGGCUCAUCCUGGUGUACGAGUACAUGGCCUGCGGCACGCUGGCGCAGCACCUGCAGCGCGAGCGCGGUUCCCACCUUCCCUGGACCGUCCGCCUUGACAUCGCCGUCGACACCGCCAAGGCCAUCGCCUACCUCCAUUCCGCCGUCCGUCCCCCCAUCUUCCACCGCGACAUCAAGUCCAGCAACAUCCUCCUCGACAGCGCUUUCCAUUCCAAGGUCGCCGACUUCGGCCUCUCCCGCAUGGGCCUCGCCGAUUCCACCACAUUCCACUCCCACAUCUCCACCGCACCGCAGGGGACGCCGGGCUACGUCGACCCGCAGUACCACCAGAACUGCCACCUCUCCGACAAGAGCGACGUCUACAGCUUCGGCGUCGUGCUCAUGGAGAUCAUCACCGGGAUGAAGGCCGUCGACUUGGGGCGGCCGCAGAACGAGGUCAACCUGGCGGCGCUCGCCGUCGACCGCAUCCGCCGCGGCCGUGUCGACGAAAUCUUGGACCCGUUCCUGGAGCCGCACCGCGACGCAUGGACGCUGGCCUCGGUGCACAAGGUGGCGGAACUGGCGUUCCGGUGCCUGGCCUUCCACCGGGACAUGCGGCCGUCGAUGACGGAGGUGGUGGACGAGCUGGAGCAGAUCAAGCUCAGCGGGUGGGCCCCUACGGAGGACCUCACGUUCCUGUCGACGGCCUCGUCGUUCUGCUCUUCGCCAGCGAGCAGCAUGGCGGAGAGGACGUCACAGGCGUCGUGCAAGACCCGGAGGCUGGUGCUUGUGAAGAGCACGGUCGACGAAGUCAACGUGGAGUCUCCGAUGUCGGUGCAGGAUCCGUGGUUGAGCGAACAAGGCUCGCCGUCGGCGCAUAGCUUGUUGGGCAACGUAAUACGUUAAAUUAAUAUGCUAUAUAUUUUCUUCAUGUAAAUACUUUGCAACUACUCAAUGUAAAAUAGUAACAAUACAAAAUUAAAGAAAUUAAUGAGAAAUAAUUAGCUUGUAGAUGAAAAUGGCAUAUUCAUGUUGU